AAGGAGGCUGUGUAGAUUGAAUAUACGAGAGGUCAGGUGCUGAUAGGAUCAGAUGUACACGAGGUUUAGAGGACGCACUCGUACCAGCCAAACUAAAAGGCCACCAACACCAAAAGUGCUAUCCAAUGCCACUGUGGCAGCAACAGAGGAGCACUAUUGAGAAGGGUAUACCCACAGGCGGUAGCCGGGGUGGCAGCAGUGGUACCAGUGGUACCAGCUAAGGUGGUAACGGUAACAGUAGAUGUGGCCACCGGAACCGGAAUCGUAAUGACUUCAAUGGCGCUCGUAGUUGCUUGAGAUGUUUCUGGGGGCCGAUCAACCACGCAAACGGUUUGGAGGGUGGUGAAAUAUGAAGUUGCAGCUCUGGGGAGCACAUAGAAAUAGGUCUCCAAUUGAGUGACAAUGACAUUGAAGACCCGAGUGGAAUAAGCAGGGAUGGUAAAGGAGUCAAUUUCAGUGGAGUGGGAAGUGGAAGUGGUGGUGCAAUUGAGGAAGUUGAAGGUGAUGGGAACAGGUUGGACGGUUUGGAUGGUCAAGAGAGAAACGGUUUGAACGAUGGCGGUGGAGAUGGAGUUGAGGAGGUGGGUGGCGACCAGGGAGGAAGUGGAAAGGGUUGUGGAGUAUUUGGUGGAAGUGGUGGGAUACUGGAAACAGAUGGUGGUGUCAAUGGUAGCAGUUUUACCGGUAGCAGUUGUACCGGUAGCAAUUACACCAGUAAUGGCGGUAGUAACGGUAGCGGUUGUACCAGUAGUACCAGUACCAGUGACGGUGCUUGUGCCAGUAGUACUAGUAUUGAUAGUAGUACCAGUAGUUUCAAGAGCACCAGUAGUACCAGUAGUUUCAAGAGUACUAGUUUCAGGUAUUUCUGUGGAACCAACAGUAUCAGUAGCACCGGCAGUACCACUAGUAGUACCACUAGUAGCACCCACACCCCCAGCCGUGUUCACAAACACCAACGGAAACGAAGUGAUUGUACUGGCGGUAGUCACCAACACACACCCGUCACAAUCAUCAAACUCCGCAUUGACCUUCGCGUUAGUAUCCCAGCACACGUCACACAGACGUAGCACUUACUCUAUCGGCAGCCCACACGGACGCUGCUAACAAACAAACACAAUAAAUAUAUAACAUGUUAU